AAAAACACUGGAAGCCUAGAAUUAUAGAACCCCCAUUCCCAUUCUUUCUCAAGAGAUCGAAAUCCACCGGAGCAGCGAAUAGUGACAACAACUGGUUCGGAGCAACCAAAUGGAGGUAGGGUUUUGCUACAAGCAGUUAUGAGUUGGGUUUGCUGUUAGUACAUCUAAGACGGUUGUUGCUUACUUCACUUGACACCUCCUAACAAGAGAUGAACAAAUUUGAGUCCAUGGCAGGAACGGGGAGUUCCAUGUUAUAUUCUCUCCUUCUAUUCAUCAUCAUUCUCUCACUGCAAGAAAUGUAUAGAGGGAAGUUGGCAUCAACAGAGUUAUUCACUAUUCUUGGAGGGUUUACCAGUUCUCUCCUAUUUGUUAUGUUGCUUACAUUCAUUGGGAAUUAUCAAGAAACCAUUGGCAUCAAGACUGGGUGGGGUGCUGUUAUAUUUGCAGAGUUAGUUGCCCUUAUUGCUGCAGGCACUGUUCAUCGAGUUUGUAUCACAACAUGCUUAUUGUUCUCUGCUGGACUACUCUAUGAGAUCAACAAGCUUUCAGGGACGACGCUUUCCAAAAGCGAAUCGAAAACGAGGAGGCACUGAGGAACAUUUUCCUCUUUUGGAUAUUUUGUUGCAUUUUCCCAGAUUUGAGUUGUAUUAGGAAAUGAAGAAUGAGAACAUAAAAUACCAUCUAUAGACCUUACCUGAUAGACAAUUUGAACUCGGCUAUGUCUAAGUUUAUUUCUACAGAAGAAGAGAAGUUCACCCCUUGCUUCCCAA